AUGAAAACCGGACACUUCUCAUCGUUGCUUCUUUUCUUCCUCGUAUUGCUUGUUUGUGUGGACGGUGCAAGAAGAGGCCCCGAAGAAUACUGGAAGAGUACGAUGAGUGAUGAGGAUAUGCCUAAGACAAUGCGCGAUUUGAUGAGUCCAAACCCGACCUCUGAUUCCAUAGAUUUGGAUCGUUUUGUUAGAAACUUCGAGACCAAACCUAAUGUCAUUAUAUAUCAUCCUCGUUGUGUUCAUUCCGAACAAUUGAAGCCGCAAGCUUUGAAAGAUUGAAGAUGUACUUCAAGCACGAAUGAAAAAUGGAUCAACAAAAUUUGUAGACUUGAUAGUUUACGCAGUCUUCGAGUUUGGUUAUGCUAUAUGUGAUCAUAAUAAAAUUUCACAUGCAAUUCUCUAUUUUUACA